CCUAGCUCGAGGUUAGUUCGGGCUAGAGCGUCCGGUGAGGGUGGAGGGAGCCACGAGUUCUUUGCUAGAGGAAGACCAAAGACUAGGUUGUAGGAAAAGCAAAUAGAAGCCAUGUUUCGGAGACCUGUAUUACAGGUGUUUCAUCAGUUUGUAAGACGUGAGUCUGAAAUAGCCAGCAGCUUGGUUCUUGAAAGAUCUCUGAACCGUGUGCAGCUCCUUGGGCGAGUGGGUCAGGACCCCGUCAUGAGACAGGUGGAAGGGAAGAACCCGGUCACAAUAUUUUCUCUAGCAACGAAUGAGAUGUGGCGGUCAGGGGAGAGUGAAGUAUACCAAAUGGGUGAUGUCAGUCAAAAGACGACAUGGCACAGAAUAUCAGUAUUCCGACCAGGCCUCAGAGAUGUGGCGUAUCAGUAUGUGAAAAAGGGGUCCCGUAUCUAUGUGGAAGGGAAAGUCGACUAUGGUGAAUACACAGAUAAAAACAAUGUGAGGCGACAGGCAACAACAAUCAUAGCUGAUAAUAUUAUAUUUCUGAGUGACCAGACCAAAGAAAAGGCAUAGAGUGGACGAUUCUUCUUUGGCCAUUGUUUGGUACGGUCUCAUUUCCAAAUCAUGUAUAGUCUUUAUAGUUCCUAAGGACAAGAAUUAAAAUAUUCUUUUUUAUAAAAUGAGUAAUAAUACUUUUGACUGUUCCUCCCCCUUGUCUCAUAAACCUUGGUAGCUAAUUGUUUAUUCUUUUAGGGAUGGUUUCUGUGUACAAGAGUAUAAAACAGAUGAACUCGGGUUCAUCUAUGUUAUGGCAAAAGGAUAGGUGUCCUUUGGGAUGGCCUCUUGCUUUUUAUACACGCUUGUAUUAUAGUACUCAUCCAGCCACUAAAUAUUCUAUGUCAGGCCUUUAUCCCAUGGUUGUGAAUAAUGAUUUUCUUACUGUUUAUAAACUAAAUGGCGAGGACUGUAUGCUUUUUGUUUCCUGCACCUUAACCAGUGCUUGGCACAGAAUAGGUACUUGAUAAAUGUUGACAGAUGAAUGAUCCCAAUGGGAUAUUAAGCUUCAGCCCAAACUGAAGGGGGUUGCUGAACAGGGGUUGGUAUCUAACCUAAACCUAGCUUUAAGACUAACCUACUUUCUUCACUUCUUUUGUUUUUGGACAGAUUUCACUAGUAGCACUUAUGAAAUAGAGUUUAUCAAUAGUAGAGACCCAAAAUAUAAGUAGGGAUGAACUAGUUCAUUUCCAGGUGAUGCCACAGGGGCUCUGGUUCCACUAGUUUCUGUCUUUCUAAGCCCCAUUCUCUAUCCUUUUAGUCCCACCCAGAACUUGGGGGAGUCCCCUAAACAACCUUUGACAUUGCCUCUGUAGGUUAGAGCCUGAGGUGUGACAUUUUCCUUUUAUUUUUCCACCUGGUCUCUUGAUGCACAUACAAAGAUCACUGUGUACACACGAUUACUUUCAUUAUGAGAUUCUGGAAAUUACAGAGUACUAGUAAUUUCCUAAUAAGUAUUACAUAAAGUCUGUUUUUCAGUGCCUCUUGUACUUUUUAGGUUUGCAUCAGACCUCCACAGGUCUGCUAGCUGGCUGUGCCUGUUUAGAAUUGGCCACUGUCGAGCUGGUUGUCCAGUUCAAGUUGUAGCAGUCCCUCAUUCUGUCUCGGCCACUCAGGCUCCAGCUUUGCCUCCAGCCCAGCCUGUUUUUUGGUGCCCUAGACUGCAUGUCUUGUCCCCUGUGCCCGAGAGCAGGGUGCUGACUGUGGUUUACGUCAUGCUGGACUGUCACGGGUUCCCGGUUUACAUGCUGCCUUAUGGACCCUCACCUGAGCCCCUUUUUGCACUUAUGGUACAGUUGGGUCAGGGUAAAGAUGGAAUUCUUCAGCUUUUCUCUCUUCUUGUCCAGGAACAGUAGAAAAGGAAUUGCCGUUUCCUCAUAUCAGCCGUCUUUUUUCCUGCAGCUGGGACCAUUAAUCAGUACAUGAACUCUGCUUUGUGAGUUUAUACAUUAAAACUGUCUGGUGAUGUAGCCCUCACUUCUUUAUGCCACAUUCCUUAAGCAAAAUGUAGAUAAAAUUGAUCUUUGGGCAACUCUUCGUUAGCAAAAGCUGCUUUUAUACUCCUUAAAGUUGUGAGAAGUUCUGCAGAUUAGUAUACCUGUUUAAAUAGUGUGAUGAAUCUGUGCUUUGGGAAGGUAAUAGGUGAACAGACCAGUUCAGUGACCAGCCCAGAGCAGCUCUGAGUCCAGGGCGCAGGGGCAGAAAGGUGCGCCCCGCCGGAUCCCUGUGAGCCGAAGGCGUCGCCACCCUCCCGCUGCAGGUUGCCUGGAAGGCUCUGAGGUUGGGCAGCAGGGCCUUUAGAGGCGGGCGUUCGGUGCAGAGGCCUCGGCAUGAGGCUGAUGGUGCAGAUGUGAGGUCCGCAACUGGGCAGCUCCCAGAGCAUGGACUCUGCCCUUCCCUUCCUCGGGCAGCCCUGGGUGCUGAGAACUCUGUACCUCUCCCAAGCUGGUCUCGGAGUAGAUGUGUGGAACCUGGUAGCUUUAACAGUCGGUAGGGGUCUUGUAGCCCCAUUUUUGUGUCUUGCAUUCCCUUUGUCAUCUUUUCACGGUGUUAGGGAAUAUUCCUGUGGAAAACUGCCGUGUGACUUUGAUUUUGGGAUUCCACGUUGGGUGGGAAGAUGAGUAGGAUACACGAUGGUGUGGGAGAGAAGGUAGCAGCACGUGUGGUACUCUCCCAUUUUUGAAAAAGAAGUAAUAGAUAUGAAUAUAUGUUUAGUAAGUCUGGGAGGAGAAACAUCAGAGGUUUGUGAUGAUCUCUGGAUGGGGGGAUUAUGUGUGAGUUUCCUUAUUAUUCUUACUGUUUUUUAGCCUUGAGCUUAUAUUACUUUUGACAAUAAAAACCAAAUAAACUGUUUUCACUUUUGGAAAACAAAAAUCUUUCCGUUAUUUCCAAGCCAGGCUGGCACUGCUGAUUGACUUUCAUUUAGUACUUACUGCUUCCUGUCCUAGAGGCGAACAAGAUAUCUUUCAUGUAUUUCCCUCCAUUGUCUGCAUCUUUGUAGUCCAUGCUCAGAUACUUCACUUACCUUUUUUUCCCUUCUUUUUCUUUUCUUUUCCUCUUAAUACGUGUAUAUAACCUACAACAAUUGACUUUAAAGACCAACCCGUAUGAGAUCCACUGUUUGCUGUCAGUAGUUUUCAAAGAGUCAUUCAUUUCUUAAAAACGACUGGGCAGUUAAUCCAGAGACAUCCGAAAAUACCAAAGACAUGUUUUUGUGGCUGUUUUGGGGAUUUCUUGUCAUUGCCAACUGGGUUGCAGCCUAACCUUUGCAGCUCAGGAGGAAUUACUGGUGGUUUCCCUUUGUUCCCAAAAGAGAUUGUGCAGUUCUUGAAGGUGGGGUUAUCUUUUACUCAGACUACCCGUUUGUCCCCAUCCAGCUUAGCCUAGCAAAGUGACAUUAUAGGGCUUUCACAAUGUUUGGUUGGAUUGCACUGAAACAUUGACAUGAAAAUGAAGGCAGGCUCACUUUACUUAUUUUUCUGUCAGGGUUUGCAUGAAGUGCUGUGAAGCUUGGUGGGAGUAACAGCAAGCAAAUCGUUGUAGAAAACUUCGUGAGUUACAGAGAAAUCUCUUAGGGAAAACAAUUACCAUAUUGAAGGCUGACCUUUUUGUGUAUGUACUAGGUGCCAGGCCCUGAGCUCAGUGCUUUUUAUCAUUGUCUCAUUUCACUAUUACCCUAAGAAGGUGGUAUUAUCCUGAUUUUGCAGGUGAGGAAACCUGAAACUGCGUGGUUAAGUAACAUGUCAAAGUCAUGCAGCUUAUAAGAGGCACAGCUGGAGUUUGAGUUUAGGUAUGUGAGGUUUGCAUUUUGUUCUCUGCCUACAGUCUGCUUCCCACUGCGUCCCACCUCCACUGGCCCAACUAUCCAGAACCCCCACUGCUAACUUCUAGCCCUGCAGGGUGUGUCUAAGUCACCCUGGGAGUUCCACUACAUCAUAGGUUUUGGCUGGAGGUAGAAUUAGGGAGAAAUACCACCACCUCUUUAUUCUUUCUCAUUUUCAGUCUGAUGAUCCUAUAGGAAAAUAGAUCACAGUUCAUUUUUCUGCUAGGUUAUCUUUACUGAUUCCUCUUGAUCCCUUGUUAUCAAACCAUGUUUCUUUACUGGUUAAAAUAGGUUAUGGCGUCUCCUCCUUUCAUUGUUCCUUCUAAUUGUUUCCUUCCUACUGAGAGUUGAAACUGUCAGCAAGAUUGUGCAAGAAUUUGACAGGCUCACUUUUUAGAGAAUGAGACUGUUGGCAGGCGUCAACGGCGUUAUACCCCCCCCUCUCACUACUGUAUAUGUCCCUGUGCUGUUCCCACAGUCUGUGAUAGGAUGGUGUGUAGCUUUUUAGGUUGUCCCAAGUCAUGCAGACACAAUAAUGAAAUUUCUCUUUUUUGUCUGUACUCUUCAUCCGUUUGCUUCAGACCUCAGGGUGGUGUUUGUCCAUACAGGUCUACACCUUAACAUUUUGCAGUUUUCCUGCCGCACCUCUCCUUUGAAAAGGUGGUUUAACUUAAUAGUUGUGUUAGUCGCACAGCCUGGAUUUGCUUCACUUACCACCUGAGUGACCUCUGCUGAGUUUCUUAACUUUCCCUGCCUCGGAUUUUUUGUCGUUUUGUUUUCCUGUGAAUAAAACAGGGAUGAUAGUAGUCCUACUUCAUAAGCCUGCUGGGAGGAACACAAUGAAUAAUACAUAUAACUUACUUGGCACAUACUAACUGAACCCAGUGCUCAGUGCCUACUGGCCAUUAUUACUGUUGUUUGUAGUUAUUUUCAACAAGGCAUGUCCCUUUCAGUCACCAUGCCCAUCUCCCCAGUCUCACGGGACACUUCUGGGAGCCUGUAAACUUUAGAUUAGUUUAUUGUACUUGACCUUUCUUGUUGUUAAUGUCUGUGGAUUACUGAGAACGUAGUCCACUUUAGUAGUGUUUUUUGGUUUGCUUUUAAUCUUCCGUGGCUAUUUACAGUUAAUCUGAGCAUCUUUUUAAACUUGAAAGUCACUUGGGCACCUGCUUUAAACCUUGCAAGCAUACAGGCCUGGAUAUAGGGAUAAAUAUAACAGGAUUACUGCAUUGAAGGGGCUCACAAUCUAGGAUGAUGGGGGCUGGAUGGGGAGGACAGAGGCAGGAGCCUGUGUACAAAGCAUGCUGUGGUGUGAGGAGUAGUCUAGUGAUGGUAGAAAUAAAGUCCUGUGGACACAGAUGAGAAUAGUUAUUAGAUUAGUUUUCAGCAGAGGAAACAGCAUGAACAAAGGUCCAGAAACAUAAAAGCAUAUGGAUCCGUGAAAGAUAAAACAUGAAAAAGGCGUUAGGGCUGGAUCAUAAAGAGCCUUGAAAGCUUACAGAGGACUUUGGCAGUGGGGAGCUGCAUGUUUUGAAAUGGACGUAUCAGAACUGUGCUUGAGAAAGAAGUGAAGGCCUGUGAAGGGUUAGAAGUGGGGAAAGCUUGCAGGCCGUCAGGAAGCUCCUGCAAGAGCCUCGAAAGGUUAGCAGAGUGUGCAUUACAGGGGACAUGUGGGGAGUUUGGGGUUCACGGUUCAUUCACUGUGCAACAGUUAUGUGCCAGAUCCCGUGCUGCGCUCCAGGUUAGGGAUACUGAGAGCAUGGAACUCCUGUCCAGGACACCCUGGGGACAGUAGGUGCUGGUGGGAAGAGAAGGGCCACGAAGAGAUCAUUCUGAAGCUGCUCGGGCAGCUGUGUGGAUAGUGACGUUUUGUUUCUGAGACUAAGAAACAUGAAGGUGGGAACAGGUGUGAGAAGAGGGAAGAUCAGGAGUAGUUCUGAACAUAGUUGAGUUGUAGACUUCCUGGCUUCUAUUUGAUGAUUAACGAGUGGAGCUCAGAAGAGAAGUUGAGACGAGGGACUCUUUUUCUUCUGCCAAACACAUUUUAAGCAUAUUUUGUGAGAUAACAAAUGUUGCCAGGAUUCCAGCUUUCUGCUGUGCAAAACCGUAUCAUGGGAGAGGUUUCCAGUGGCUUACCUAUUUUACAAUGUAGGUGGGAUUUGUGUUAAUCCGGUGUGGUAAGAUGACAGACAUAAAGAACUGUCUUGAAAGAGGAGUUUAUUCUAGUUGCCAAGAGGAGGGCACAUGCCACACCACUAGAGCCACCGGGGGAGCCCCAGGGCAGGCCUAAAGCUUUUAUUGUGAUUUUUGUGGGACGAAUGAUUUUCACCAGGCUCCGGGCCGAAGGGGGGGGGGGCGUCUAGUUGUCUGGUACCUUUGAGCAGAGAUACAGUGUUCUGGACUGCAGGAGCCUGAUAAAAGGAGGCUGAUGGCAGGUAUGGAAUCAGGAUUGGUUGGUUUGCAUAUGAAAGACAUGCUCUUGGGCAAGUGUUUACUAUUUCCAGGAAUUAGCUAAUGUUGGGAAGGAGUUAGUUCCUCCCAAGGUCUGCCAGACUCCAGGAUGUCAAAGCAUCAUAAAAUACAGAAAAUAAGAAACAUGAUGAAUACACUGCCCAAUAUCCAUUAUUAUCCUUUCUACAGAACCCAUUAAUUUACAGAGCCCAUGUUUUAUUGGGGGUGACAGUGUGCCCGGCUGAAAUACUGCAUUCCUGUUCUCCUUUGCAGUUAACUGUUGCUAAGUGGGUAGAAGCAGACGCCAUUUGGUGGUGCUUCCAGGAAAGCCCCUUAAAUGAUUAGCUCUGUUGGGAGGCUCAUCCUUUGUGCUCUCCAGACCCUCACCUGGCUUUUUCUGGUCUGAAAUGUGGACAUGAUGGCUGAGAGUCUCCAGUAGCCAUUUUAGACCACAAGACUAUCUGCAGGAUGGAAGAUGGAAGAGGCUGGAGUCCGUGAUGACCAUGGAACCACCAUCGCGGUCCUGGACAGUCUACCUCUGGACUUCUUUGGGAGACACAAAUAAAUCUCUACCUUGUUUAAGCCA